GAUAGGUGUCUCCGCACGUCUAAAUCGCAUAUGUUGCAGAAUGAAGUUUUUCGUGGGCAUCCUUAUAACGGUAUCUUGUAUUUGGAAAGAAUUUGCAGAGGCUGAACAAACUUACGUGGUGACAAAUGAGCUUUUCCAGCAUUACGAUGGUCUGACGAAGACUUUAUUUUAUGCGGAUAACAUGAAAAUUAUCGGUCGUCAACGUAGCAUAAAUGGCACUAUGAGAUUUUUGGAAGACAUGAGCGACGAACAAUUUACGCUUAGUGUAGAAAUGUUCUCCGCUCAACAUGGCGAUGAUCGGUUCAAACCGUUAGUUAGUUACCCGAGUAUACACAUUUGCGAGGGUCUCAAAGACUAUUUCAGGACAUAUGUGCAACCGUCUCUUAUAUAUGGUGAGAAUACCGAUUUUCCUUACAUACCUAAAAAGGGUGUGUGUCCCCUGCCGAAAGGUGAAUAUUAUUUUAAAAAUUUAAUAUUGAACACCAACUCGUGGCCCACUCAGGUACCAAGGGGCAUUUUAAAAACAAAAAUGACUUUUUUCAAAAACGGAAUUGAUGUUGGAGCAUGGUCACUGCAGAUGAAACUGGAAGAUCGUCAGUGAAGCUUUAAGUUUGGAGAAAUAACGUAAAAAAGAGAGAUUUGUUUGAUUUACAAUUUAUUUUAGAAAAAAAAAAACUUUUAAUAAAACAAUACGAGGAAAGCAAUAUUUGAAA